AUGAAGAUCGCAUGUCUUCAGUUCGCACCCCAGGUGGGGGAUGUCGACAACAACCUGAACCGGGCGGAUGCGAUCCUCAGCAAAACUCAUCCUGCGCAGUUGGAGCAUCUCGACCUGCUAGUCCUCCCGGAGCUUGCUUUUACGGGUUACAACUUCAAAUCCCUAAACGAGAUAUCACCAUUCCUGGAGCUAUCGGGCUUCGGCAUCAGCUCGCUAUGGGCCCGAACCACCGCCCUGAAGCACAACUGUCACGUCGUGGUCGGUUACCCAGAAAAGGUCGACGUGGAACCCAUCUGGCCCACGUCUCCAGAGUACUACAACUCUUGCAUCAUGGUGGACGGCGAGGGCGAAACGGUCGGAAACUACAGGAAGUCGUUUCUCGACGUGGACGAAAGGUGGGCCCUCGAGGGGAGAGAUGGCUUCUACGAUGAUGAAGUUGAUGGGCUUGGAGUGGUUGCUAUGGGUAUUUGCAGCGAUAUCAACCCGUACAAGAUGGAGGCUCCCUGGGCCUCCUUCGAGUUCGCAUACCAUGCACUCGACGCAGAAGCUCAGCUGGUGAUAGUGACCAUGUCGUGGCCGACGCAAGAGGAUGUUGGCCAGUACAGCUGCCAACCCUCGGAGCCAGAUAUGGCCAUGGUGGUGUAUUGGACCGAACGCCUGGAGCCCCUGAUACGGGCCGAAAGCGACGAGGAGAUAAUAGUCGUCUUUUGCAACAGAACCGGCACAGAAGGCGAUAUGACCUACGCCGGGUCGAGUGCUGUGCUUGGCAUCAAAGGAGGGGAGAUUUCCGUUUACGGGGUUCUAGGUCGAGGUGUUAAGGAGCUCCUGGUUGUGGACACUGAUGAUCCGCCUGUGGCGAAGCUAGUCGACAGCUCGAGAUCGACAGCCUUUGACAUCACAGAGAAUCCUCGCGUCGCAGAGGAACAGGAGCCCAUCGCAAUGGGCCCAGCCCUUUUGAAGUCUACGCGGUCUAAAUCGCCCUUUGCUUCACCGGAGCCCCCGAAAAAGAAUCCGAGUAAUUUACUCAAAGUUCCAAAAUCAUCAUUAGACCCUAAUCCUGCCCCACAAAAGCCUCUAGCCAGUUCCAAGUUGGACACAAAGCCCGCCGUGGCGCCUCUGCACACAUCUUUUCCACGUCACGGAACGCCCAUAUCAGCCGAACCGGAUGCACAGAGCACUCAGCAGAACUCUCCAGACACUGCGAAUGAAACCCCGCAGACGGCUAAACUCGAAGCCGCCCGACUGACGUCGCCGAUCGACCAGCGCGGCCCGUCCAUCGGUAUGCGACGUUCAGCGGCUGCCCAGUGCCUCACCAUCAACACGCACGUAGAUACCAUGUAUAGGAAGGUCACCAAGGCCGAGCCGGCGUCAGCACCCAGUCGCAGCCAUCAGCCAGGGUCUGCGUUGUCUCCUGCGGCCAGGAUGCCCAAGAGCUCAGUGCUCAUCUCGCCGCCUCUGCCCAGCGAUUUGUCCUCGGUCAACAGCCCUCUUCUCGAGACGCCCACUGGUCCCAGCCCUCUGCCGGAUGACUUGCGGCCCAAGUGGGACUUUUCUGCCGAUUCCUCACAGUACCUCGCCGGGCUGAAACCCCUGAGCCCUUCGAGAUUCGGCCGCACACAUCCGACCGCGACCGGCUUCCUGACGUCUCCUCGCACUCCAGAAACGCCAUAUCCGGAGCUUUUCGAAGACACCCCUCAGGAGGACUACCCUGGAGUAUGGCGACGGAGGGGCAAAGAUUCCAGCACUCUGGAGGCGUCAACAAAGCAGCGGCCAAGUUCGAGGUCGAGGAAUGGCUCUGAAUCCCAUCGAAAGAUGUCUAAAACGCCACAACCAUUCACGACCAGAGACGGCGAUAUCGACUCCCCCCGGCCGACGGAAGAUCUUGGAGGCGAUGCCAAUCGCCCAUCGUCGAUGAGGCGACGUUCCAAAGGAGGUGGUCGUGCAUCACCUCGGCAGGAGCUACUCAAAUCGUAUAGGAAUCGUGGCAGCGACUCGACCUGCAUCCCCAUCGCCGCAAGCCCAAGCGUGUUCCAGACUAAAUUCGCGCCUGAGGAUAUCAGGACGCAGCCCAAACCACAGCGCACAACACCCACCCCGAUGAAGCAAAGAGAGAACGGAGCCAUCUCGGUGCCGACGACGCCGGGAGCCAGUCUACCUCGCAGAGUCAGGUCCCCACCUCAACAGCGAGCACUGCGACCAGCGCCUUCACUACCUCAGCUUACCGAGAAACGCUCGAAAUCACCCGCGGACCUCGAGCUGCCCCCGGAUCCCCCUCGGCGAAGCAAAAGCCCUCGGGAGCGAUCGACCCCUGGCCCUACGCCCGGACCCAAUCGCAGCCGAUCCGAAGCGCGCCAGGGCGCCGUCCGGACCAGGAACCGCUCUUCCACCGCCUGCGCCACCGCCCAGCCCUCGGCCGCCGAGACCGCCGCCCAGCAGGGCAGCCAGAUCACCAGGCCGCACACCAGCCAGGGGACCCGCGGGCGCGUGUCCCCCUUUCCCGUGCUGCCGCGGCACGCGCGACAGGCGUCGCAGCCCGCAGCCGAGACGCCCGAUGCGGAGCGCUUUUCGAGGCGGUCUCGGAGUCGCGGCGAAGCCGCUGGAACCGCGCGCGGCACAUCUUCCCCGCGUGCGUCGGCCGACAGGGCGGCGCACGACGACGACAUCGUCGCGACCAUAAGCAAGGUCAGCCGUGGCUGUCCCGCGCAUUCCGGCGCCGCCACCGGUGUCCACUUGGCUGCCGAUGGGCAAACGUACUCUAUCGCCUUUUCCGAGGGGUUUCAGAGCCUUGCCGAUGUCAUCUUACCGCGAGCAAGAGACAUUCGUGAUGUGUCUGAGAAAAAGAGGAGCUGA